AUGCGAUUCAUGACCCCGGCCCUGCUGGGGCUCGUUGGCCUGGCCUCUGCUGUCGCUCUCCCCGCCAGUAGCACUGCCACUGCCCCGAUCGAGGCCGUCGAGACUGAGAACCCAAGCCCCGAUAUCACCCCUGACAGCAGUGAGAUCCCCACCAAGUUCACCGAUGUGCGCGAGAAGAUCGUCAAAGAAUACAAGAAUGUGAAUGAGAUCCCCACCGCCAAAUACUUCACUGAAUCCAACUUCCACUAUCAUUAUGACGGCCGAUUCGCCGAUAAGCAACUGCCCGAAGAAAAGGUCAUUCCAUACCUGUCCGCCUUAAUUCAAACAUACUUGAAGACGAUGGAAUCCAUCGGUGCCGAAACAUGGAUCAUGCACGGAACUCUGCUUGCUUGGUGGUGGAACCAAAAGAUCUUCCCAUGGGACAAUGACCUGGACGUCCAAAUCUCCGAACCGACAAUCCAUUUCUUGGCGGAUUACUACAACAUGACGGAGCACCACUUCGAGAUUCCUGACGGGGAGGCGGAGGGCCGCAAAUACUUACUGGAGAUCAAUCAACACUACGCCGUCAAGGACUACCGCGACAGACUGAACGUCAUCGACGCCCGCUGGAUCGACAUGUCCUCCGGUCUUUUUAUCGAUAUCACCGCCGUGCGCAAGGAUGAGACCAAGGAGUCAGGGUGGCUGAUGUGUAAGGAUCAUCACACCUAUCAGCAGGACCAGAUCUGGCCCCUGCGCGAAAGCUAUUUUGAAGAUGUUCCCGCCAAGAUUCCCUAUGCUUAUGUUGAGCUGCUGAAGGAUGAAUACGGCGCCAAGUCACUUACUAACGCAGACUUCCAUGACCACCACUUUAACGGCGAAACCAAGAUUUGGGACCAGGUGAAGAAGCAAGCGAAGCGCUUCCUCCCCCGAGCCUUGGGCGGCGGCAAGCCGAAGUCCAUCCGCUCCCUUGGAAUUCGACAAUACGCAUGA